GCCGGGAAGCUCUGGUCGCGGGCUCCCCUCCCCCAGGGGCGGCCCGAGAUGUUUUCAAAGUUGCUUGAAAGUGAUUCCCGGAUACAUCGUGGCAGUAGAGCCACAGGGCGGUUUUUUAAUUCGGUUGCGUUUCUGGGGGACAGGAGGGUUUGCCUGUGUGCAGGGACGUUUUUGGAGGUCUCUGCUGCUUGUUCCACACCCCCAAAGUCAUGAAGCCAGGAAGGCGUUUGGCCCCCUUUCUGACUUUGGGGUCUCUCUGAGUUUGGGGAUGAGGUCUUCACGGUGACAGCUGCUGGGGCGGUGUCACCAGCUUUCUCGAGGGCCACCCCUCCCCUCCUCUUCUCCCCCAGAGCAGCCCAGGGCCACGGAACCGCGGGGAGGGAGGUGGGAGCACUCUGGCCUUGCCCUGGUGCGGUUUAAAAUGUGCACUGUGGUUCCCGGGAGCGAGGGGCUUUCUGUCUGUACCCCUCCAGCGUGAAGGCCCCGUGGGGGCUCCGGGACGGGCUGCAGGGACCCACACCCACACCCAUGUCCCCACUGUCCUGCUGCAGGGCCAUGAAAGACUGCGUUUGGGAGCCCGCUCCUGCAGGGGCCUCUCGGAAUCCAGGCCCGCGGGCAGUCAGGGCCGUCCUUCUGUGUGGCCUCCCAUGUCCGUGUGGCCCCGUGUGUCCAUCUGACCUUGCUUUUGUCACGCAGGGCCGCCGCUAGGCCAGAGGAGCGUGCCUGCACCGUGGCCACAGCGGCUGGAGAAUGAACCAGCCCCAGAGGAUGGCGCCCGUGGGCACGGACAAGGAGCUCAGUGACCUCCUGGACUUCAGCAUGAUGUUCCCGCUGCCUGUGGCCAACGCCAAGGGCCGGCCCGCCUCGCUGGCCAGCGCGCAGUUCGGAGGCUCAGGUCUCGAGGACCGGCCUAGCUCGGGCUCCUGGGGCAGUGGCGACCAGAGCAGCUCCUCCCUGGACCCCAGCCGGACCUACAGCGAGGACACCCCCUUCGGUGAGCCGCACGGCAGUCUCCCCUCGGCCGCCUUCCUGGGCCCUGGGCUUGGAGGUGAGUGUGUGCGUGGGCCGGGCCGGGGCUCUCCUCGGGAGCUCUCCACCGCAGCCCCUGCCUCCCGGGCAGUACCCGUGCAGCCGGCCGGCCUGCCUGUCGGCCCGAGGCCAUUGCUGCCAUUGGGGCUCAGGCUGGGUCCUGGCCGGGCGCCCCUCGGGCCCGUUCUCCUUGUGGGACGGUGUCUCCCAGAGCCUCCCCACGGGGGAGCGAGAGCUGGCAGGGCCGGCCAGGCCCCACCGGACACCGUGUCCUGGGGGUCCGAACCCGCCUUAACCCACGCUGUGCCUGGGGCUGUGGGGGCAGCUCGUGGCCUACAGCCCUGUGUCCAGGUGCACAGUCUGCCCCCGCCCCCUGGUGGCAGGUGCAGGCCACGGGGGCUCAUGGCUGUGCUUCUGACAGACACCCAGCCCAAGAAGGCCCGGAAGGUGCCACCCGGUCUUCCGUCCUCGGUGUACCCGCCCGGUUCAUAUGGCAGGGACACCACCGCCUACCCAGCUUCCCGGAGCUCUGGCAGCACCUACCCCCCGCCUUUCUACGUAGCAGAUGGUGGCCUGCACCCCUCAGCUGAGCUCUGGAGCCCCACGGGGCAGGCGGGCUUCGGGCCCAUGCUGGGUGGGGGCUCGUCCCCCCUGCCCCUCCCGGCGGGCGGCGCCGUGGGCAGUGGCGGUGGCACGUUUGGCGGCCUGCACCCGCAGGAGCGCAUGGGCUACCAGCUGCCCGGAGCCGGAGCUGAGGUGAACGGUGCUCUCCCGGCCACCGCCUUCUCCCCGGCCCCGGGGGCCGCUUACAGCAGUGUCGCCGGCCACACGCCGCCCGGCAGCAGCGCAGACGGAGUCGUGGGCGGCGAGGCUGGGCGGGGCGGCGGGGACGGACCCCCCGGCCCUGACCACGUGUGCCCUCGCCCACUGCAGAUCUACUCCCCGGACCCCUCCAGCAAUAACUUCUCGUCUAGCCCGUCGACUCCCGUGGGCUCCCCCCAGAGCCUGGCAGGGACGUCGCAGUGGCCCCGAGCCGGAGCCCCUGGUGCCUUAUCGCCCAGCUACGACGGGGGCCUGCACAGCCUGAGCAAGAUGGAAGACCACCUGGACGAGGCCAUCCAUGUGCUCCGCAGCCACGCCGUGGGCACCGCAGGCGGCGUGCACGGGCUGCUCCCCGGCCCCGGGGCACUGGCUGCAGCCUUCGCUGGCCCCGUGCCCCUGGGUGGACGCCAUGCCAGCCUGGUGGGAGGGGGCCCGGCAGAAGAUGGUGUCGCGGGCAGCACCACCCUCCUGCACGGCCACACAGCCCUCCCCAGCCAGCCUGGCGCCCUCCCUGACCUGUCGCGGCAGCCUGACUCCUACAGUGGGCUCGGGCGAGCGGGCGCCAGCGCAGGCCCCGGGGAGAUCAAGCGGGAGGAGAAGGAGGACGAGGAGAGCGCGCUGGCGGCCGAGACCUCGGAGGAGGAGAGGAAGGAGCUGAAGGCCGCCCGCUCCCGGACCAGCAGUACGGAAGAGGUGCUGUCCCUGGAGGAGAAAGACCUGAGGGACCGGGAGAGGCGCAUGGCCAAUAACGCGCGGGAGCGGGUGCGCGUGCGCGAUAUUAACGAGGCCUUCCGGGAGCUGGGGCGCAUGUGCCAGCUGCACCUCAAGUCGGACAAGGCGCAGACCAAGCUGCUCAUCCUGCAGCAGGCCGUGCAGGUGAUCCUGGGCCUGGAGCAGCAGGUGCGAGGCCCCGCCCCGGCCCCCGCCUGCCUGAAACGGCGAGAGGAGGAGAAGGUGUCGGGCGUGGUCGGAGACCCCCAGAUGGUGCUGCCGGCCGCCCACCCAGGCCUGGGCGAGGCCCACAACCCCGCGGGGCACAUGUGACAGCACGCCGCGGACCAGGGACCGUCCUCAGCCUCCAGUCCGGGACAGCCACGCCAGGUGCCCGCGCCCCUCCUGUCCUCAGCACCGAGCGUCGCCUGGCCUGGCGGGACCCACGGGGCUGCGCCGGUGACGCUGGCUGGGAUCGCCACCCGUCGCCCCAGGGCACGGAUCCGCGCCCUGGCCCCGUGGCCUGCGCGGAAGGGGAGCGCUUUUUUUUAUUUUUAUUUUUUUGUAAAGGAACCCUGAAAGCGAGUAACAGAACACAGAGAAGAUGCCUUAAUCUCGGGGGGACGGAGACGUCACUCGCUGGGACACCGCGCAAGGGGCUUGCUCCCCGGGAGCCACCAGCAAACCGUGCCUAAGCAUACUAUUUUUUUUAAGGGAAAUAAAAGAACGUUAGUUACAAGAUUUCUUUUUUUUAGAGAAUUAGCAAGAAUUUUUUUUUUUUUUUAUCUUUUUUUGCAUAUGUUUUGUAAGCAAAUUUUUUGUAUAAAAGUCUCACGUGUCUUGCUAUUUUUGCUGCUGUUUCUAGAGCAUUGCAUUUUGUGAUCAGAUUAUUAAAUGUAUUCAAAAGACC